AUGGGUGGCAGAAUAUUAUUGGCUGUCAAAAACUGCCACGGAUUGGAAUCCUCAAACAGACAAAUCAAACAAAUCGGACCGUCCGAAAUCUUCGCAAUCCAACGGUCAUCCAUCACGCUCCUAAAAUCGAAAAAUUUAAGAACCUCGCGCUUUUUCUUCAACACACACACAACACAACGCUUAUAUGUACACCUCCAAAUCUCCAUUCGCCACAACCAAAGUCUCAGAUCACAUUACCAAAACCUUCAAAUUUUGUCAUUCCAAUUCACCCGAAUGGCUCGCACCAAGCAAACCGCCAGAAAAUCCACCGGAGGCAAGGCUCCAAGGAAGCAAUUGGCCACUAAGGCUGCUCGGAAGUCAGCCCCAGCCACCGGUGGAGUGAAGAAACCUCACCGCUUCCGUCCUGGAACCGUCGCACUUCGUGAGAUCCGUAAGUACCAAAAGAGUACAGAGCUUUUGAUCCGCAAGCUUCCGUUUCAACGAUUGGUUCGUGAGAUCGCUCAGGAUUUCAAAACCGAUCUGAGAUUCCAGAGCAGUGCCGUAGCGGCGUUGCAGGAAGCAGCAGAGGCCUACUUGGUAGGUCUGUUUGAAGAUACGAAUCUGUGCGCGAUUCAUGCCAAGAGAGUCACGAUUAUGCCAAAGGAUAUUCAAUUGGCAAGGAGGAUUAGAGGGGAAAGAGCUUAAAUUCGUGGAUUGAUAAUUUCUUUUGGUGGUUCUGUUAUAUUUAUGAGUUUGAUUUUGUGGCUUAGGGUUUAGAUCGGUUGCAGAUUGAAUGUAUAUGGGGAUCUUGAAUCCGAAUUUCUCAAUGAAUUGCUUUCUGGACUGCAAAUUGUUCCAUUUUGAUGUUCA